ACAUGGCCGUGGCUGCAGCCUCCAGCCCUCGUCGCACCUCCCUACACAGCUCACGCCCCCUGCCUUGGGGUGUCCCGGCCUCCGCUGGCCAGGCCUGACGGUCUGCAGUGCCCGGGCCAUCCUCCUCCUGCCGUCGGGUCCUCGCUUGUCCCUAUUUCGCCACUUUGGUUAAGCGUGGGACUCGGACGGUCACCCCUGUGAUCAGGCGCCGCGGAAGACAGCCCUGCAGGCUGGCGGAACGAAUAGAAGGACCUCGGCAGCGCGGCAGUAGAGUGCCGGUUUAUGGCUGGGGCUGGCAGAGCCGAGAAGCCCGUCAAAAGCCGGGUCUCGGAAGCGACUUAGAAUCGCACCUAACCAUCCGGAACGUGGGCCAAAAGGCUCUCGUUUUCCCUGGCUGUAAUCACCACUGCAGUGGUUGCCUACAGUCCCAGUCAAGCCUUGCCCUCCCCACGCAGUGAAAAUGGGGCAUGCCGGGAUUUGUAGUUCGCGCCUGUGUGGCGUGUCAUUUGCGUACAUUACUGGGUGGAAUACGAGAAGGUACCCUGUCAACGCAGCCUAGAGACUAGGACCCCGAGUAGUAAAGGUGUCAGCACUCUGUGCUCUUGUCAUAUUGAUUAAAGAGUCUAGUGGAUGCAUGUAUUUCCCAUACAAAUUUUACCCGAAAGUCGAUCGUAAGGGGCUGAAUCAGGCAGUUCUCAAUUUUGCGUCUGCAAGACGAGUUCUCAGUUCCGAGUUCUUUUCUGGCUUAUCCUGGGACACCUCUGAGUUGUGGGGCUUCGCUCUUGUCGUCUUUAAGUGGACAGCGCGCAUGCGCAAACUUCCUCUUUUUCCGGCUGGAACCAUGGAGGGUGCAGAAGAGAAGAAAAAGAAGGUUCCUGCUGUGCCGGAAACUCUCAAGAAAAAGCGAAGGAAUUUCGCAGAGUUGAAGAUCAAGCGUCUGAGAAAGAAAUUUGCCCAAAAAAUGCUUCGAAAGGCAAGGAGGAAGCUUAUUUAUGAAAAAGCUAAGCAUUACCACAAGGAAUACAGGCAGAUGUACAGAACUGAGAUUAGAAUGGCUAGAAUGGCAAGAAAAGCUGGCAACUUCUACGUACCUGCAGAACCCAAACUGGCAUUUGUCAUCAGGAUCCGAGGUAUCAAUGGUGUGAGCCCAAAGGUUCGAAAGGUGUUGCAGCUUCUUCGCCUUCGCCAGAUCUUCAACGGCACCUUUGUUAAGCUCAACAAGGCUUCAGUUAACAUGCUAAGGAUUGUGGAACCAUAUAUUGCAUGGGGGUACCCAAACCUGAAGUCAGUGAAUGAAUUGAUCUACAAGCGUGGUUAUGGCAAAAUCAACAAGAAGCGAAUUGCCCUGACAGAUAACACAUUGAUCGCUCGAUCUCUUGGUAAAUACGGCAUCAUCUGCAUGGAGGAUCUGAUUCAUGAGAUCUACACUGUUGGAAAACGUUUCAAAGAAGCAAACAACUUUUUAUGGCCCUUCAAGUUAUCUUCUCCACGAGGGGGAAUGAAGAAGAAGACCACCCAUUUUGUAGAAGGUGGAGAUGCUGGCAACAGGGAAGACCAGAUCAAUAGGCUUAUUAGAAGAAUGAACUAAGGUAUCCACCAUGAUUAUUUUUGUAAUCUGGUCAGUUAAUAAAGGACUACUUUCAAAUUAAAAUGUGUUGUGACUUUUUGCUAGACUCUGCUGACCUUUAACUAUUGGGACAAAUCUUGAUGUGUGAUAAGAGUAAGCCAUCUUUUUCUUAAACUUUUAAAAUUUUUAUUUAUUUUGAGAGAGAAUCCCAAGCAGGCUCCAGGGAUCGAAUGAACUGUGCCAAGUUUUGCCUUUGUGUACGAAACUGGGGUCUGGUUUGUAUUUUGGUGGAAAACAUUCCUUGGGUUUAUUAAAAACUCUUUUGUGAAAAGAAAAUAUCUUUUCACUUUUUUUUUUUUUUUUUAAUUUUUCACUUUUCAAUUGUGCCACUGAGUUAGCCAAGAUGGGUCUGUUCUAAGAAAGCCUGUUUCAUAGACUUAUGUGCAUGAUUUAUAGGUAAGGUAAUAAAAAUUGAAUUAUACUGUUGAUGAAA